AUGUCAUCAAGACCAACAUUUAAUGCAGCAAAAGCAACCGAGACACAAGGUGGUUAUAAACGUUAUGUUCCAUCACAUACACAAUCUGUAUAUUUAAUGCCUUCCCACACAGUCUUAAAAACAAGACAGAUCGGGCAAGGAAAUGAGGAAGAAAUUAAACAUAAAGAUUUAAAGAAGGAAUUACAAGAACGAGAACAAUUAGUACAAAAAAAGAAGAAUAAUCAAUCAUCAACAAUAAUACCAGCAAUAGAGGAAGAAAAAAAUAAGGAUAUAAUUGAAGAAAUUGUAGAGGAAGAAACAGAGGAAUUUACAAAAGUUCCAAAAUCAAACUAUGAUGAUUCUGAUGAUGAUUUAAAUACAUCUUCUGAUUCCGACUCUGAUGGUGACUCUGAUAAUGAUGAACUAAUUAAGGAAUUGGAAAGAGUAAAAAGAGCAAAAGAGGAGAAGGAAAGACUUGCAACACAAGAACGAGCAUUGACUAGUAAUCCAUUAUUAAAACCAAUAAGUAGUAAGAAGGAUGAUGAUGAUGAGGAUUCAUUUACUGUAAAGAGAAAGUGGACUGAUAGUACCAUAUUUAAGAACCAAGCUAAUGACUCUAAUCAACAAAAGAAAAAGAGAUUUAUCAAUGAUACCACUAGAAAUGAUAAUCACAAACAAUUUAUGUAUGAAUAUAUGAAGUAAUUUAUUGU